AUUUCUUAUCCCCAUCUCUCUCUAACACCUGCUCAAAACAAUCAACUUUUCCUUCUCUCUUCUUCUCAGUUUUCUCUCUAUAGAAUCAAAAAUAAAAAUUAGAUCUUUAAAGGAAAAAAAACAUUCUUUUUUUAUUCUGUUCUUUCUUUGUUCAAGAGAGUGGCCCAGUAGAUCGUAAUCUUCAGCCCCUUUUCUUCUUCAAUAUCUACACGAUCUAAGCUCUUUAAAUGAUGUUACAAAGCCACCCACUUGUCUGUUUCAGCUGAAAAUCAUUGCUGUAAUUUAUUUUCUGGGUCGUUGUAAAGCUUUUUAACCUGAGAAAUCUGGGAGGUGAUAAAUCCAUGGAAGAAUCUUGGGGGAUAUGUGAUUAAGGGAUGUGGGCCUAAGGAAUGGGAACAAAAAUUCAGUCGAAAAGCUAUUUGCCAGGAUUUUACUCAAUGAGGGAUCUCAACGAGGAUUCUAAUAGUCGUAGCUGGCCACUUUAUUACGGGGAUAAGACUUUGAGAAAUGGUCAGUACUACAAUAGUUUUUUCCCGAAGGCUGUGGCAAAUUCAUAUCCUCAACAUGAUAAGGACCGGUUGAAGAGAAAAAUGCUCGAACAUGAGGCUAUAUUUCAGAAUCAGUUAUCUGAGCUUCAUCGCCUGUAUAGAAUACAAAGGGAUUUGAUGGUUGAAGCAAAAAAUAAAGAAUUACAGAAAAAUCAGAUUCCUGUUGAACUAUCUUCAUCAUCAAGCUUGUUAACGUCACAACUUCAAAAUGAAGUUGCUCACGACUGGCAUAUCCCCAACUUCUCUGUGGCGAACUCUGUUUGUGGUAGACCAUCGAUUUCUGGUGUUGAAGAUGCUCAUUCUCCCCUUAGUUCCGUGAAGGGAAGCAGCAUCCAAGCUGGUCCCUUUUUGUCCCCAAAUGGACUUAAUUCCAAGGACGUUGAGGUGCUAGACUGCAGGCCAAUAAAAGUAAGGAAAAUAUUUGAUCUUCAACUUCCAGCAGAUAAGUACAUUGAUACUGACGAAGCUGAAGAGUUCAGGGAUGACACAACAUCCGGCAUGUCAAGUUAUCUUCCAAAUGGAAAUGGGAAAAUUGGGCCUGAGAGCGGUGGGAAGCAAGAUGCAUGUUUGAGGGGCAAAAAUAGUUUGGCUGACUUGAAUGAUCCAGUUCAAAUUGAAGAAACUGAAGUUUCCACAUUUUCUCACUUUGUUGGCCAUGAUACCUAUCAUGGAGGCCGUGAAUCGUCUGCUAAACCAAAGCCAGCGCUUCUUGGCUUGCCGAAAGACAUUUCUGUGAAUUCUCAUCACCAAAGUGAUAAUCGGUCUGUAAAUAAUAUGCAUGUUGGAAAAAACGAGAAUGCUAGAGGAUUCUUUUCCCAUGUGCUUGAAGGUGGGCACAGUAGAAGCAACUCGACAUUUAUUUCACAAAGUUUCCAGCCACAGAAGUUGUCUUUAUCAUACCAGCAUGCACAUGGUCUUUUUGACAAAGCUCAUGAUCCACCAAUGUUUUCACCAACUGAUCAAAGCGAGGCAGGUCUCUCAAGAGAAAGAAUGCUUCACAGUUUAGAAGUUCCGGGAAGAAAUUGUGAAAUUUCCAAUAAUAGCAAUCCAGAUUCAAACAUGGGUUUCAAUGUUCCUAGUUUGGGUCCAUUUGCUUCUUCUGAUCCGGAAAAUCUAUGGUCUCAUUCAGUUUCUUCUUCGGAAAAGCCUUCCAGUAGCUUAAACCUGAAGUCCAUGUCAGUUCAGGCUUGCACAUUUAUGAAUUCAUCUGAUCUUUAUAGUAAGAGUUCUGUGAUAUCACCCCAUUGCGAUGGGAAUCUCGGAGAGAAGUGGCCGGCGAGUAGCAAUUCAAGACUUAACCCAGGUUUUGGAAGAGAAUUGCCCAAUCGAAAUGGUUUUUGUUAUGGAUCCUUGUUGGGAUCAAAGGAACUUGCAAUACACUUCCUUUCAACCAGUUAUGAUUAUGCGAAUGGUGCUGCUUCUGGCAAGGGGAUCUUCGAUCAAUUCUCUGCUCAUGGUUCGACUAAACCAUACAACUGCUCAAAUGAUGGUGAUAUGAAGUCUACAAGUGAUAUGAAUUUGAAUGUGGUGCUUUCAAACAGUUCAUCUAACAAUCCAGUUUCACUACGAGGUCCUCAAAUAGAUGGAGGAAUAAAGCAUGGAAACCAUUCGCCAUGGCUGCCAUGGCUAAAGGCCAAGCCUGCUUGUAAAAAUGAGGGCUUAAGUGCAGGAAUGGAUCUGAAUGUUAGAGAGUUGAGCUUCUCUCAAUCUUCUCCACAGCAAUCAACUAAAGAAGACGAGAUUGGCAAUGGUUUCGGUCAAAUGUUUACACAGAAUUUGAAGUCAGAUUCAUCCUCCAACAAUGCCGAUGCCAGCAGGAGUGAAAUAAGUGAAUGUCUACGCGAUAAAAAGAUUCUAGGGAUUCCCAUUUUCGAAAAACCUCAUGUUCCGAAAAAUGAGUCUUCUUUUACCUCCCCGUAUGUAUCUGUUCCUCGGACAUCCGAAGGUGAAGGGGAAUAUAAGUGGAAAAAUAGGUUACUCGAUAUUAAUUUGCCUUGUGAUGUGACUGUUGAUGCAAGCCAAGACAUUGUUGCAGAGAAUUCAACCAUAGAGCAGGAAGCAGAUAAAAAGUUAUCAUGUUUCAAACAUCAAAUUGACUUGAACUCGUGUGCUGAUGAGGAUGAAGCUUCUUUUAUACCGAAUGUUUCGAGCACCAGUGUGAGGAUGACUGGAGGAAUAAUAGAUUUGGAAGCUCCUCUCGUUCCCGAACCUGAGAAUGUUAUUCAUGGAGAAGAAUUAUCAGCAAAGGAAGGUGUAACUUUGGAAUCAGCAGCACAAAGCCAAGAUGAGUGCAUCCAGCAUGAACUGAAGAGUGCAGCUGAGGCAAUAGUUGCCAUCUCAUCAUCCAUUCAGCACAUUCAUUUGGAAGAUGUCAGUAGCAGUUCAUCUGAAACUUCUACGAGUGACCCCCUAAAUUGGUUUGCCAAGACGGUUUCCUCUUUUUGCGAGGAUCUUGAGAGCAAGCUAGAGGCUUUUUCGAGAGAUAAAGAUGAGGGUCGAGAUGAAUCUUCCUUAGAAGAGAUCGAUUACUUUGAAUCGAUGAUUUUGAACCUAGCAGAAACCAAGGAAGAGGAUUAUAUGCCCAAACCUCUGGUUCCCGAAAACUUUAAAGUGGAAGAAACAGGAAUUACCUCAUUGUUAACAACACGAACACGAAAGGGCCAGGGAAGGCGAGGAAGGCAACGGAGGGACUUCCAAAGGGACAUCCUUCCAGGCCUCGUUUCCCUAUCGAGGCACGAGGUGACACAAGAUAUUCAGACUUUUGGAAGUCUUAUGAGAGCAACAGGCCAUCAGUGGCAGUCGGGAUUGACAAGAAGAAAUUCUAACAGAGGCGGUUGCGGCAGAGGCAGACGACAUUCGGUAACUAGCUCUCCUCCUGCUGCCACAAGUUGUACACCAUUGGUGCAACAACUUAAUAAUAUCAAGCUGGGGCCGGAGGAUCGAAGCCUUACCGGAUGGGGAAAGACAACUAGACGGCCUCGCAGGCAAAGAUGUCCCCAGUACCAUCUCUUGCGUUAACCUAAUCGAGUAUAUUACAGAGGGAACUAGGUCAUUGUUUCGAAUCACACUUGGGAAGAGCUUCUCAUAGCCUUUUGUGUACACAGUAGCAUGAAAUCCGGCUAUACUUAAUCG